GAAAAGGUCGGUGAAGUCUCUUGUAGAAAAAUGGCGGUUAUAAGAGUAGCAUCUCCAACUUCGAAUAUCUCUUUCGUUUCCCACAAAUUCAAUUUCACAGUAGAGCCCAUAGGCUUCAAUCUUCAAACGAAAUUAUUCUUGAAAACAUCUUUGAAGACUUGUAGUUCCAUCACUUCGCAUUCCUUUUCGCCCUUCACCCCUUUGAAUUCACUCAAGCGUAAAGAGAAGCCUCGACGUGAUACUUCGCGUGUAUUUCUACCGUCCUUGGAUCCCAUAAAACCAUAUAUUCAGUCGGAAUGGAGAUCAAUUCUCAUGGGAUGGACUUGCAGCUUCGUUUCCGUCUUUUGUCUUUCGAAGAUUGUUCCCAAGGUCGGAAAAUUAUCUGCUGUUGUGAGCAAUAUUGAUGCGGAUCGACUAAUAGAGGAGGGCUUGGUGUUUGGGGUCUUGGUUUUGGUUCGGGUGGUAGCUAAUUACUGGCAGCAAGCUCUCUUGUGGGAUGCAGCGUUGAAUUCGGUGUAUAAGAUAAGAGUUUAUGUUUUUAAGAGGAUUCUCCAGAGAAAUUUGGGCUUUUUCGAAGGUGGUGGUGGGGUUUCGGCCGGUGAUACUGCGUAUAGGAUCACUGCGGAGGCUUCGGACGUUUCUGACACACUGUAUGCUCUCCUGAAUACUGUCAUACCCAGUAUUCUGCAAUUAUCAGCGAUGGCAACCCAAAUGUUGGUCAUCAGCCCUGUUCUUUCAUUAAUUUCAGUCUUGGUCAUUCCAUCUAUGUCUCUUCUUAUUGCAUAUCUUGGUGAAAAGCUUCGUAAGAUAUCUAAAAAAGCAAAUCUUACUGUAGCUGCUCUCUCUGCCUACCUGAAUGAGGUUCUCCCCUCAAUUCUUUUUGUUAAGGCAAACAAUGCAGAACUCUGUGAAGGUACACGGUUUCAAAGGCUUGCUCAUGCUGACCUAUUUGAACGUUUGAAAAAGAAGAAAAUGAAGGCACUUAUUCCUCAAAUUGUGCAAGUUAUAUAUGUUGGAGCAUUACUGAUAUUUUGUGGUGGUUCUAUAAUGGUUUCAAGGAGUUCCUUUGAUGGUUCUGGCCUGAUUUCGUUUGUAACAUCAUUGAUUCUGUUGAUUGAGCCUAUCCAGGACAUUGGAAAAGCAUACAAUGAGUUGAAACAGGGAGAGCCAGCUAUAGAACGCUUAUUUGAUUUGACCAGAUUCAACGCUGAGGUAAUUGAGAAACCGGAUGCAGUAGGUUUAGCCUCUGUUAGAGGAGAUGUGAAAUUUUCUAAUAUUUCAUUCAAGUAUGGAGACAAUAUGCCUCUUAUCUUAAAUGGAUUAAAUCUCCAUAUCAACCCUGGAGAAACGGUUGCUAUUGUUGGUCCUUCUGGAGGAGGAAAGACUACCCUGUCAAAACUUCUUCUUCGCCUUUAUGAUCCUCUAUGCGGGAGCAUACUAAUUGAUAACCUCGACAUCCAGGACAUUCAGUUGGAAAAUCUUAGGCAGAAUGUUGGGCUAGUUUCUCAAGAUAUAACCCUUUUUUCGGGAACAGUUGCAGAAAAUAUUGGGUACAGGGAUUUGAUGAGGCAAAUUGACAUGGAGAGGGUUGAGCAUGCUGCAAUGGCUGCAAAUGCUGAUGAGUUCAUUAAUACUCUUUCAGAAGGAUAUGAAACCAAUGUUGGUCCAAGGGGCUCAAUUUUAAGUGGCGGCCAGAAGCAGAGAAUAGCUAUUGCAAGGACACUCUAUCAAAAUCCAUCCAUACUGAUUUUGGAUGAAGCAACUUCGGCUUUAGAUAGCGGGUCUGAGAUAUUGGUGAGAAAAGCUGUGGAACGUUUGAUGGGAAAUCAUACUGUGUUGGUGAUUGCCCAUAGACUGGAAACAGUUUUAAUGGCCAAUCGAAUAUUCCUAUUGGACAAGGGGAAGCUGGAGGAGGUAAGUCGCUCAUUUCUCCUAAGUAAGGACAAUCACUGUGGAUCACUGGUGUCAAACGGGCUCGUGAUAUGAUUGUUGAAGAAAAAACAACCAUGGAACUGUCAUGAGAAUCAAUUGUAAAGCUACUUCCCAUUCUCUUUCAUGGAUUUUCUAUUUAAAAUUUACUUCUGCUUAUCAAAUUUGUCAAUGCGACAUAUUAUCUGUUCUGACCAAGUAUCACCGCUAUUGUUUUGUUAAAUUUGGUUACCUAAACA